UACCAUCUCCGGUCACUGCGUGAAUCUCCUCCCGGAAAAUAGAGAGAGACACUGUUAUGAGGAGAAAAACAGCAAAAUAAUCACCUGGAUUCUUUCAUAUCAAGAUGAUGUGGAGUCUUUGGAUCCUGCUGGGCACUGUUCUCAGUGUGGAUGGCUACGUGGUGCCCGACCUGCACAAGCGUCUGUCCCACGGGCGUCAGCUGAAGAUCUACCUCCCGAAGAGUGCUGAGAAGCUGGAGUUCACCCCUGCUGCAGAGCCCCUGAAGACAUACCAGUACUGGGACCGUGGAUCCCGGUCCACCAGGGGAAAAGUGUCUGGGACAGGAACCGACAGGAGCUGGUAUCUGGACCAAGUGACUUACAAGGACCAGGGGACCUAUGUCCAGAGAGACUACUGGAACAAGGAGAUCUCCUCGCUCAAAGUGGCCGUGACCACCAGGCGCGAGUACACAAAGUGCGUGGCGGGCGAGGAACUCCACAUCUCAUUGGAGGGCAUCGACCAGGCCGACGCCACGCUCUCCUUCUCAGGCGCCAACGUCAACGUCACCCUGGUGCAUGAUGGGGCAGUGGUGGCCCAGGACCUCCCGGACUACUGGAACCGGGUCAAGUCCCUUUCCACCAAGAUCAGCAUCCAGAAGGUCAACACCUCGGACGUGGGCCACUACACGCUGAAGGACACGAGAGACCGGGUGGUCUCCAUCGUCAGGAUGGAACUCACCGACAAACAUGAGAAUGAAGCAGGCAACCCCCUCAUGGCCCUCCUCCUCCUGCUUGGUAUCCCCGCCAGUAUCUGCUUCUGUUGCCGGAAGAGGAUCUUCAAGAACAAAUCCCCCGACACCACCGCCAUCCAACUGGACAACCCCGAGACUCUGCACCCCCCUCCCGGCUACAACACGCCCGGAGGAGGGGUGUCCCCUGGACCUGGUGUCCCGACGUUCUAUCAUGGCCCAGGCCCAGAUCCUAACAUGGGAGGUUACCCUCAGGUUUACCCUCCCCCCAACCCUGGGAUGCCAGGCCAGCCUCAAUGGACCAGACCCCCACCUCAACCAUGCUUCAACCCAGGCUACCCCCCCCAGGACCCUAUGUACCCCCCUGCCCAGCCCCCACAGUGGAAUGGCCCACCACCCAACCAGCCACAGUACAACCCUGGUGUUCCUCCGAUGGGGUAUGCGUCGGUGAUGUACAGCGCCCCCUCAGGGAAGGAGGAGAUAAAGAUGGAGAACAUGUCUCCUGCUGAUCCCCUCCUUGCCCAUCCACCACCCCAGGUCCCCCCGCCCGCCUCUGAAGCUCUGCACUCCACAGACGGAGCCUUCCAGGUCAACAUUGACACAGGGAAAAACGCCCCCACCAACUUCCUGUAGAACGCCUGUCGUCGGUCCAAUCGGGAGCGGCCUUAGUAAUGUUGCCACGGCUCCGUCUCGAAUACGGUGCAAUGGCUUCCUUUCUCCUCUCCUUGACUGUGACCACUUCUAUAAAUGGAUAGGAGAGGAAGCAGUAUGUUGUAGAUGUAACUGUGACCUAGACAUUGCCCCUCAGUUCCCCUAUCCAGCCUUUUCUGGUGAGUGUUGUACUGUUUUCUGACAUAAGACAUAUUAUUAUACCUUUUAAAAAGGCAUAUUUAGAUGACCCCUGUUAAACCAUGGGGCCUGUUUGCCAUUCAAAUUAGGGAGGUGUUAAACAAUGGAAGUGUUAAUGAAUUUCCCUGCAAAAAACAGAUCCAUUCUCACAGAUACCUGUUUUUUGGUUACAGGGUCUGGAAAAAACAGGUUUCAUUACUAGGUCUCGAGGUGGUUUUUAAAUGUACCCAUGUUUUUUUUUUUACUCCCUACCCCAUUCACAUAUACAAAAAAGAAAGUAACCAAAUGUAAAAAGAAGGGUUUUUGUCUCUGUGUAAAUGGGAUAUUAGUGAAGGAAAGGAGAUCAUUUAAAAGGACUAUUUCCUGUAUAGCUGUGAUGAAGUCAGUCAAAAUGUCUGGGGGGAAAAAAACUUGUCUGAAACCGAAUCAGAGGCCAUGAUCCCUACCCUUCUCCAGAAGUGUGCGCUGACUCACUCCCUCUCAAGCAUUUAAGCAUUGGAUUGGUGCAAAAAAUGUCUUGAGGGAGUUUCCACCAUAUUCCCAGUCCAUUUAUUUUUAGAAGUGGAGUGGACAAGAGAUUUGGAAUGUAGCCAGUGUGUAGCCCAUAGAGAAUGAGAGGCCUCUAGUGGCCAAAAGGCAGUAUUGGCAUGGGCAGCGCCAUUGAGGGCUUCCACCAAUUUAAUGUAUGGCAUCUAUCAAACACUGGUCGUGUUCCCCUGCUGAGACGUUGCAUGCAUCAACCAAUGGUUGCGUGCCACGUCAUCGAUUGUGCCGUCGUGCACAGUCGAUAACAUGUGGUUAGCUGAUAAGUAAAAUAGCUAUCCAAGAGUUGUAUGAUCUGGCAUUCGUCAGCAAUGUCUGAGGAGAGGAACACAACCGAUAACUGCCUUUCAGGGUUCUACUGGAACCAAAAAGGGUUCUACCUGGAACCAAAAAUAGGGACAGCCGAAGAACCUUUUUGGAAAUGUUUUUCUAAGUGUAUCAUAAUCCAAUCAGAACCCACAUCACUCCUAAUCAUACAAUCAGAAGGCGCUAGGACAACUCAUCAUCCACUCAGGGUAGACCAAGCAAAGCUCUCCGCCAGUCAGGUAGCUACUUCCUGUUGUGUAUAUUUAAACAGUUGUGUGUGUGUGUGUGUGUGUGUGUGUGUGUGUGUGUGUGUGUGUGUGUGUGUGUGUGUGUGUGUGUGUGUGUGUGUGUGUGUGUGUGUGUGUGUGUGUGUGUGUGUGUGUGUGUGUGUGUGUGUGUAUAUAUAUGCAAAUACGAUCAGAAAUGCCUUUACUUGCCAAAGUAUAGCUGUUUGUCAUUAUAUGCAUGGUGCAUCAUUUUAGUUCUACAUAUGAAACUACUGUCAUUUCAACAGUAGAGUCAAAUAACUGUUUAGGCAGUUUAUUAAUACACUGGGAGGGCGCUAUUUUAUCUGCAUCCCCCUCAAAAGUAGUGUACUAUAGGGUGCCAUUUGCAACACGUGUCUUGGUUUAAAAGGCACAUUUUGGUAUUUAAAUAUAAAAUCCUAUUAUCGUAUUUAAUGUAUUUUAAAUAAUGAAGCACUCCUGAAGGUUUUACAGGCAGUGGGCGCGUUCGAGCGGAUCACUUUUUUGUCCACUUUUGUCAAGUCGGUGGCCAUCGUUGGUCACCACCUUUUCAAAGUGUGAUGCAUUAUGGGGAUAAAAAUGAUCCCACUUGUGCCUACAUAUCGACUGCAUGAACUUGACAAAAACCAUGUGAUCAAAGGUCAUGAAGUUUUGACUGCAAGUUUCUGCAGUUGCUCUUCACCAACUUCAUCCUGCAGCCGUCACCUGCAUUGUGGGAUGCUCUAUUGUCAACCAAUCAUUAGGGUGUUUUUGUUUGACCCACACGAACGUGACCAAAGACAUGACUGAAACAGGAACCAACUUUGCCUUGAUUUAUGUAUACAGUGGAUAUAUACAAAAUGAAUGUGACAUGAGUCUCUCUCAUUGUUUGUACAAUGUACACACAUGAUUUCAAAUUAUGAUUGUGUGAUAUGGGAGUUGGAGACAUUAUUAUUUUAACGUUAUAAAGAAAUACUUUUAUAACAAUGGCAA